GCUGGGUUUUAGUCCUGAUGCAUGUUGGCUAAGAGGCGUCUCAACAGUCGGAGGGUUCCUGGUUUCCGUGAUUCCUGGGAAUGUCCUAAAAUGGGGCAAGUCUAAACCCUUCAUAUUUGAUCUUAUUAUGAGGAAACCAUUAGAAGAUCUUGCCCCAGUGUGGAAUCAGGGAAUGUGUCCUUCCUAUCAGGUUUAAUCGUGGGUGUGGCAAUGCCAGCUACUCCAUAGAUCUGAGACCACCCAUUAGACCACCAAGUCACCCAUCAACCAUGUUCACUACGGUUUCAGCCAAUCAUCGACCAAGAAGACAUCAUGUGAGGAAGAAAUUUCGAUCAUCACGGAUCCUUGGGUUUGUCCUGAGCCUGUUCGCGUUCUCUCCGCUCCUGUGUUGGAGUGCCUUCAGAGAAGGAGAUGAGUCUCUGCACCAUAGAACUCCACGCUCCACCCAUCAGGAAGGGGUGGAGUUUACUACAGGGAUGACAAUCGUGAUGGAGAACCAUGGAGAUUAUCCUGAGGAUUUUUUCACUCUGGAGGAACGGCGCCAAGGUGCUGUGGUGCUGCACAUAUUCGGGAUGCUGUACAUGUUCAUCGCGCUGGCCAUCGUGUGCGACGAGUUUUUCGUCCCCGCGCUUACUGUGAUCACGGAAAAGCUGAAGAUCUCAGACGAUGUUGCGGGUGCCACCUUUAUGGCAGCCGGAGGCUCUGCCCCUGAGCUCUUCACAUCUGUAAUCGGUGUGUUCAUCUCACACAGUAAUGUCGGGAUCGGCACCAUCGUAGGCUCGGCUGUCUUCAACAUCCUGUUCGUGAUCGGCAUGUGUGCGCUGUUCUCGCAUGAGAUUCUAAACCUCACUUGGUGGCCACUCUUCCGUGAUGUUUCCUUCUACAUCAUAGACCUCAUCAUGCUCAUCUCCUUCUUCUUGGACAAUUAUAUCACCUACCUGGAAAGCAUAGCUCUGCUGGGGGGCUAUUUUUCCUACGUUCUCUUCAUGAAAUUCAACGCCACUAUUGAAAUGAUCGUCAAGACCCUGAUUUACCGGAACCAGGUCAAUGGAAUAGAGGCCUUGACCAAGGCGGAAAACGCUGGAGAUGACGGGAACAAACUCUCGGCCAAACCACAUCUUCAGCGAGGGGUGAGCUCGGCCUCUCUGCACAACUCGCUGAUGAGGAACAGCAUCUUUCAGCUCAUGAUCCAUACACUAGAUCCAAUCAGUGAAGGGAAGUUCAAAGACAAAGCCUCCAUUCUCCACAAGAUUGCAAGAAAAAAGGGACAGGAAGAGAUAAAUGGCACUGUUUGUAUGAAACUCACCAGUACCAGUGUGGAGGUUGAAGUCACUCCACCAAUGAACGGCAGCGUGGGACAGCAGGGUGAGGAAGAAGAAGAUGACGGAGAUCAGCCUCUCAGCUUAAUGUGGCCAAAGACAAGCCAGAAGCAAGUGAUGUACCUCUUCAUUUUCCCCAUUGUGUUCCCUCUGUGGCUCACUCUACCUGAUGUCCGCAGAGAUACUUCCAAGAAGUUCUUUCCCAUCACGUUUCUGGGUUCCAUCAGCUGGAUCGCCGUCUUCUCCUACUUGAUGGUGUGGUGGGCUCACCAGGUCGGGGAGACGAUCGGCAUUACGGAGGAGAUCAUGGGUCUGACGAUUCUCGCAGCAGGAACCUCCAUUCCAGAUCUCAUCACCAGCGUCAUUGUGGCCAGGAAAGGUUUAGGAGACAUGGCCGUGUCAAGCUCAGUGGGUUCCAACAUAUUCGACAUCACCGUGGGGUUGCCCUUCCCAUGGCUCCUCUACUCGCUCUUCCACGGCUUUAAGCCUGUAGCCGUGAGCAGUAACGGCUUGUUCUGCGCCAUUGUGUUGCUCUUCCUCAUGCUCAUCUUCGUCAUUGUUUCCAUAGCCGUCUGCAAGUGGAAAAUGAGCAAACUGCUCGGCUUCUUAAUGUUCGUGCUUUACUUCGUGUUCCUCGUCGUCAGUGUCAUGCUGGAGGACAAGAUCAUCACCUGUCCUGUGUCCAUCUGAGGAGCCUUUGGGGAACACGUGUUACCAAGCAGAAACUGGAGAUACAACCUUCAGCUUGUCUUGGAGAUCUGAGGCGUUUUUUUUCUUUACUUUAUUUCUUUUUUUUAAAUAUUCAGAACAAUUACACAACAUGCACACAGCCCUGAGAAGAACUAGCAGGAAACCACGAAGAAGCUGAAUACAACGUUCAGGUGUCAGAACAGGAGCUACGACAAUCACAUGAUGCUGAAAAAAACAUUGCAUGGAAACUACACAAAGCACAAGAACGAACACUGAGAAUACACAGUAAACUACACGGAAAACUACACGGAAAACUACACAAACUUACAAUAAAACUGCAGAGUAAAUUACACAGAAAGUUACACAAUAUUCACACGACAUUCACACAAAUCUACACAGAGAGGAACACAAAAUCAACAUGCAGAAAACCAUACGCAAAAUACAGCAAUCCUUUAACUAUUCAACAAUAAUCUGCACAUAAACUACAGAGGAAACUACACAGACGGCUGAAGAAACUACACUACUGAAAUAAAGAAUCGCAGCAGGACCAAAUGGUGUUUAAACUGUAUGUUUCUGGAGGAUUGUUUUUUAUUCGAACACACUGAACACGUGUCAGACUGUUCUAAUGUGAGACAUGAACAAUGUUGACUAUUGAGAGACUCUGCGUGAAAACGGGAAACUCCACACGAAUGCUCAGAGCGAAGACAUCAGCAAACCUGAACCUGAACUCGAAGGGGCGGAGCCAUCGGAGGAAUUUCCUUCCAUUAAACGAUCUGUUGAUACUGAACGAUUUGAACUUUACGCCUGUUCGUUAGUCGUUAGAGUCGUAGCUGGAAAUUAUAGUGUGUCAAUUUUACCUGUUUAAAUCACAUUGUUUUAUAAACACAGCCCAGCAGUGCUGCCUGAGGUAUUUCCCAGCGUUCAUGUGUCCAAUAUGACGCAUCGUAUUUUCUCUCGUGUACUACAGUUAAUAUUUAUAAUAGUGUGUAUUUUCAUCUUCAUCUAAAUGCAUGUGUUUAUAUUAUAUUUGCUUCAUUUAAUAUAAUCAGGAUAUAAUAAUAACUUACAAAUGUCAAAUGUUUGAUUUUUUUUUAUGCUCAUUUAAAUCAAUUCAGCCAAAUGUCCAAUAGUUGGAUUGUUUGUCGACUUCUGAACCCAGCAAACAAGAUCAUUGUCAUCUUUUGGUCUCCUGAAGUAAAUUCAGAACCUGAAAAAGUGUGGAAAUACCUUGAAUUUGAUGGGUUUUUAUAGACACGUGUGUGUGUUUUGUUUUUCUGCAACAAACUCUAUAAAGAUUUCCUUCAACCAAAAUCAAAACAUCCUCCGUCAGCAUGAAGAACAGCUUUCCACACUCAGCAUCCCGACAGUUCACUUAAAACUCUCCAGAGAUGUUCUUCACUCAUUGGAGAUGUUUCUUGUUCAUCCCAGAGUAGGAUUUAGGUGCGGUGACUGGGCAGAAUAUUCCAUGACACAUAACACUCCAGACGGUGAAUUCGGUUCUAAUGAGCCGCAGUCCAAACGGAACUGCACACCGUCUGGACAGACGGAACUGCAUGGUGAUGAAGUGUGGAAUGGGAGACGUGUUGGUUCACUUGCACUUUCUGGAACCUUCGCUGCUCCAAAACAUCUCCAAACCAUGAAAGUUCCAUCUCCAUGUGUGAGUGUGGGGGUGAGGGAGUCUGAUCACAUCUUCUCUCCUGUUCUUCAUCUCACACAAGUUCUUCUGGUAGAGACACAAUUAUCAUUUGGACUCAGACCUUUUUUUCACUCAUUCGUUGUCCAUUAUUUUACCUGAUUUGUUGCAUAGAAACUAAAUAAGCAUCCACGUGUCUCAAACACCAUAAAGAACUCAAUGUUUCCACACUUUUCACAGCUGCUGGAACUCUUUAUACCGGUCAGGUUUAUAUCUGUAAAACUUGAAACUAACAUUAACAUAUUAUUAAAAACGUAAUUCUUGCCAUGGUCCUGGUAGACUCACAGACGUUUCUCUGAAUGUGUACUACACAACACGCCUCAGAAAACUCCUGUACCUGUCAAUCUGAAACCAAAUAAAGCCGACUUGAAGAUAAAGUGCUGUUUCACGAGAACAUUUGAGUUCUGUCAUUGCAUAAAAACUCCAACUCAUAUUUUAUUCAAUUCAGUUCAGAUUUAUUUGUGUGAGGUUUUUUAACAGGGGACAUUUUUCCAGAGCAGCUUUAGAAGUUUGUUCCUUAUAAGUUUCUCCCUAAUGAGUAAGUCAGUAGUGACUGUGGUGAAGCAAAAACUCCCUGAGACUUCAUGAGGAAAAAACCUUAAGAGGAACCAAAGUCAAUCGGGAUCCUCAUCCUCAACACCGAAUGUCCAUCAUUACAGUUCCAUCAAUGUUGAGGUUCAGUGAUCAGCACUUACAUGCAGAACUGUUCAUGCAAACUGUGUUCCUGCGCACAUUGUAGAAAACUGUCGAUAUUAAACACAGUCCAAAUCAAUCAAAGUUCUUCAGUUGCUCAGUAACUUCAUGGAUUUUUAGGUUGUAGAUGUGGAACCAUG